UUAUCACUUUACGUGGACCCCCUCCUAAACCAGAAUGUAACUUUUUCUGAUUUGGCAUUUCUUGCACUAAUAUAUUGAUAUUGAGCCCUCAGCUUUACUUCACACACAUCACAUAAACACAAGAAGAUGAACCUUGAAAAAAUGGGAGAGAAAGGUGGUGUUGGAUCAUGGUCCACCGGCUUCUGUGACUGCUUCUCUGAUUACACCUCCUGCUGUCUGACAGUGUGGUGCCCCUGUGUUAGUUUUGGAAGAGUAGCUGACAUAGUGGAUAGAACAAAUUCUUGUUGUGUCCAAGGAACAAUAUUCUGCCUACUUGGUGGUUUUAGUCCAUUUCUGUCGCUGUAUUCGUGCAUUUAUCGUACCAAGUUGAGAGAGCAAUAUGGGAUUGAAGGAAAUAGAUGUAAAGAUUGUAUUGCUAGUUGUCUUUGCCCUCGCAUCUCCAUUUGUCAAGAGUAUCGUGAACUCCAAGUACGUGGAUUCGAUGUCUCUGCAGGUUGGAAAGGGAACGUGCAAAUGGGUUCCCGCGGUGUCACGGCGGCUCCUGCGGUGCAAGGUGGCAUGAGUCGUUAGCCCAAUAUAUUACGUUUCUGUUCUGCAUGUUUAUGUCAUGUUCUUCGUUUGUUAAACCCAUGUGUUUAUGUACUCAAGAUAGUGUUAUUUUCCUUUAUUUGUAAUGAUGGAUGUUUUAUCUUUUAUGGCUCCAGUUGUUUUUUUCGUAGUGAAUGAAAAUGAAAUAUAAGCGUCGUCGCACAUGUAUUGUUGUUA